UACCAUUUUUCUACACCAUUCCUUCUCCUUUCCUUCCUUUAUCACAAUCUUCUUUUUCUCUCUGUCCUUUUUUCUCCUAUAAGUAGUGUGUAAAUAAUUUCAGUGACAUCUCUCAAAACUCAAUGUUUUCCUUACUCUUUCCUUAACUUCCCUUUGCAUUAUGAUUUCAAUUUGAAAAGGGAGAUUAAGAUUUCAAUUUGAAUAUACCUUCCAUAUAUUUUCCUUACUUUUCUACACCAACAACAAGAAUCCGUCUAUUUUUAUACUAAAAAAUCUGAGUUAUUUUCCUGUACAUUUUUAUUAUUAAUUUAGCUUUUUUAUAAUAUUUCUCAGAAGUCAAAACGACAUACUUAACAUAUUAUUUGUCGAUAUUUGUGCAGGCAACUGUAAGAAAAAAUUAAAGUCAUCUUUACGCAUUUCCAGGUACUAACAACUAAAAAAGUUACGAACGCAACGAUGGUUGAAGGAAGAUCCAUUUCAAAGCCACCAUACUUUGAUGGUACAAAUUUAACUGAGUGGAGGGAACUUAUGAAGAUAUUCAUACAAUCUGUUGACUUUGAAGUAUGGCUUGUGAUUGAGAAUGGACCAAAACUUCCAAAAAAAAUAAUAAAUGGUGAAGAAGUGCUGAAGACGAUAGAUGAAUUCAAUGAUGAAGAUAGGAAGAUCAUGGAACCAGAAGUAAAAGCUAAAAAUAUUUUAUGUUGUGCCAUAAAUCCAGAUGAUCUUAAGAGAAUUUUAAGUUGUCAGACGGCAAAGGAAGUAUGGGAGAAGCUUGACAAGGAAGUGACAACAUCUGAUGUCAGUUCUACAUCUCCAGUACCAGUUGUUCAAAGGAGUGCAUCAGCAACAUACAACAGACCUAACCUUGACUUUUUAAAGGAAACAAGUAUGGUUCUCUCUCAAGGCACUUAG